CUUCGGGCGGGACGGGUCGAGACGCGCAGAAAAUAGUCCUCACUCGGUCGACCAGUGGAAGCCGACGAUCGCGCGAGCAAGAAAGAAGGGCGAGAGGGAAAGGAUAGCUUCGUCACGUUUUUUUUUACGUCCUUCGUGCCAAAGAAAUUGACGGUCUUUGCGUUAAUCGAACUCGUCGAAGAUUAAAAAGUAGCCAAGUGCUUAUCGUCGUUAGCUGCGAGCUCGUAAAAUUACGACGAUAGGAAGCGCAAGAGCGAUAAUCGAGAAGGCUCGUGGGAUAUCACUACGCCGCACGUUGAGGGGAGAAACGAUAGAGUGAGAGAGAGAGAGAAGGCAAAAGACAAGGAGCAGAAGAGGAGGGGGGACGUCGUCGGGGCAGUUGAUUCGGUAGUGACUACAUGUGGGUAUCCGCCGGUUGCGAUCAGAAAACGUCUCGCGUUAGGACGAUAUCGUAAAGAGUCUCGUGUCGCUAUUGUAAUAUAUAUAUAUAUAUAUAUAUAUAUAUAUACAUAUAUACAUAUAUACAUAUAUAUAUAUCCUGACGAGAGGGUCGAGCGGAAGUUACUAGAAGCCAUGCAGAUGGAUCCAACGACGGUACAAUUGAUCCAGGUCCUCGAGAGGACGGUCUCCUCAGACAAAAAUGAACUGGAAGCGGCGGAAAAUUUUUUGGAACAGGCAGCACAAUCCAAUUUUCAUGAGUUUGUUCAACGGCUCAGCGGAGUACUGGUUACUGCAACAGCCAGUCCAGUGGCUCGUAUGGCAGCUGGGCUACAAUUGAAAAAUCAACUUACCUCGAAGGAUCAGGCGCUAAAGUAUCAGUACCAGCAACGUUGGUUGGCUAUCCCUGCCGAAACAAGGGAAUAUAUCAAGAAAAAUAUUUUGGGAGCAUUAGGAACUGAAAAUAAUAGACCGAGCUCUGCAGCACAAUGCGUAGCUUAUGUCGCCGUUGCCGAAUUGCCAGUUGGUCAAUGGAGCAAUUUAAUUCCUCUAUUAGUAAACAAUGUGGUUAAUCCUAAUAGUACGGAAAUGAUGAAAGAAGCUACUUUAGAGACUAUCGGUUAUAUUUGUCAAGAAAUAGAAAGCGAAGUCUUGGUAUCGCAGUCUAACCAAAUUCUCACAGCGAUUAUUCAUGGCAUGAAAGGUUCCAGUACGUCCAAUCAUGUACGACUUGCAGCUACGAGCGCGCUCUAUAAUUCCUUAGAAUUUACUAAAGGAAAUUUUGAAAUCGAGUCCGAGAGGAACUUCAUUAUGGAAGUAGUGUGCGAAGCGACACAAUCGACAAACACGCAAGUUAAAGUAGCGGCUUUACAAUGCCUCGUCAAAAUUAUGUCUUUGUAUUAUCAGUAUAUGGAACUUUACAUGGCACCAGCAUUGUUUCCUAUUACUCUGGAGGCUAUGAAGUCGGAUAUCGACGAGGUUGCACUGCAGGGAAUUGAAUUUUGGUCCAAUGUGUCGGACGAAGAAGUUGAUUUAGCCUUGGAAGAAGGAGAUGCUUCUGAAGUUGGUCGACCACCAUUAAAAGUUUCAAGGCACUACGCGAAAGGUGCUUUACAAUUUUUAGUACCGGUACUCAUGAAAAAAUUAACGAAACAAGAAGAAUUCGAUGACGAGGACGAUUGGAAUCCUUCGAAAGCCGCCGGUGUAUGCUUGAUGCUGCUCUCAACUUGUUGCGAAGAAGCUAUAGUUCCGUUCGUAUUACCAUUCGUCAAGGAUAAUAUCAAGAGUCUCGAUUGGAGAUAUCGAGACGCAGCCGUAAUGGCAUUCGGUUCCAUCCUCGGUGGCGUAGAGCCUACCACAUUGAAACCAUUGGUAGAGCAGGCAAUGCAAACGCUCAUCGAGUUGAUGUACGACAGUAGCGUUGUCGUAAGGGACACCGCGGCAUGGACAUUCGGACGUAUUUGCGAGAUCAUUCCAGAAGCUGCCAUUAACGAGACGUAUUUGAAACCUUUAUUGGAAUCUUUGGUAAACGGACUGAAGGCAGAACCUCGCGUCGCUGCGAACGUAUGCUGGGCGUUUACGGGUCUUGCCCAAGCGAGUUAUGACUCGGCCUGCGAGGACGAGCAACAGCCAGAAACUUAUUGUAUGUCGCAAUACUUUGAUUUCAUAAUUCAGAGACUAUUGGAGACUACCGACAGACCAGACGGGGCCCAAGCAAAUUUAAGAUCCGCGGCGUACGAAGCACUGAUGGAGAUGGUGAAAAAUUCCCCACGGGAUUGUUACGUUACCGUGCAAAAAACGACUAUGGUCAUUUUGGAAAGAUUGCAACAAGUAUUGCAAAUGGAAACGCACAUACAAAGUCAUUCGGAUCGAGCCCAAUACAACGAUCUUCAAUCAUUGCUAUGCGCCACCUUACAGUCCGUAUUACGUAAGGUAACACCGGAAGACGCACCGCAGAUAUCGGACGUUAUAAUGACCGCCCUAUUGUCGAUGUUCAAUUCGAACUCUUGCAAAUCCGGUGGCGUCCAGGAGGACGCUCUUAUGGCCGUCUCGACUUUGGUCGAAGUUUUGGGAGAGCGCUUUUUGAAAUACAUGAACGUAUUUAAGCCUUACCUCUGUCUCGGCCUGAAAAAUCAUGCCGAGUAUCAAGUAUGUUGCGUCGCCGUAGGCCUUACCGGUGAUAUAUGUCGUGCUCUUAAGAGCAAGAUCAUUCCAUAUUGCGACGAGAUAAUGACCCUUCUUUUGGAGAAUUUAGGAAACAACACGGUACAUCGUUCUGUAAAGCCUCAAAUAUUUUCGGUCUUUGGCGACAUUGCCCUGAGUAUCGGUAUAGAAUUCAAAAAGUAUUUAGACGUUGUCUUGCAAACGUUGGUACAGGCCUCGCAGGCGAACGUCGAUAGAUCCGAUUACGACAUGGUCGAUUAUCUUAACGAAUUACGCGAGGGCGUAUUGGAGGCUUAUACAGGGAUAGUGCAGGGUUUCCGUGGUGAAUCUACAAAUAAUACAUGCCCGGAGGAGAUCGCUUUGGUCGAACCGCAUGUGCCGUACAUCAUUCAAUUUAUUACUUUGAUUGCCCAAGAUCGGGAGCAUUCCGAUGGUAACAUAUCGGCUGCGCUUGGCCUUAUCGGCGAUCUCGUCAGCGUUUUUGGAGCGAAAUUAUUGCCGAUGGUCGACACCGAGCCGCUUAACGAGUUAUUAGUGAAGGGCAAGAAAUCGCGUAACAGCAAAACGAAGACGUUGGCCACUUGGGCCCUUAAGGAGAUACGAAAGGCUAAGAUUACUGCUAACAACACUACGUCCAGUUGAUCAGCCCACGGUUGUACUGUCGUGCAAUUUGAUUUGACUAGAACGCUAUCAAACAAUACAAAGACAACAAGAUUGGAUGUUGCGGAUGCGAGUUGAUGGAUGUGCGUGAGUUCCGAAGCGAUGAGGAUGGGGUGAUGAGUCUGCACGUGUCCCUGUCUGGCAACGGUAUGCGAGGGUACCGGCGAGGGUAUACAGGGUCGAACACAGCCCAUAUGCUCGACAGAGACAAAUACCUGUCUGCCGGAUACCGACAAUAGAUGAUUAAAAAAUACGAGUGCAAGUGGAUGAUGCCAAAAUGAGUGAGCCAGGGCCGAGGCCUGCUGAGAUGUUCCCGUGAUGCAAGUAUGCCUGAAAAUCGAGUAUGCGGCUUCUAUCCGCGUGAUUGAGACCUCCGUGUGAAGUUGAAUCUGAGAGAGCGAGCGAACGAGAGAGAGAGCGAGAGAGAGAGAGAGAGAGAGAGAGCGUACGAGAGAGCGAGAGAGAGAGAGAGAGAGAGAGAGAGAGAGAGGGCGACUUCGAUGGACGCUGUUACUGGGCGGUGAAAGAGAGUGUGAGAUGUUGUAAGUGAUGAAACACGAGCGAACUGAGAGCGUGCGCGCGAGCGAGCGAGCUAGCGAGAGAGAGAAAGAGAGAAAAUACGUGAAAUGGAAUAUGUGAAGUAUGAGUGUGUGUGAGAGAGAGAGAGAGUAUGAGAGCGACAGUGCGAGAGGCUGUGAGAAUUUUAGUCGAAUUAUGUGUAUCCUUGUUUACGCACGUCGCACGACGUUAUACUAUACCCCUUACUCCUGUGGAUUCUUGAUUAAACUCCCACAGUAAGAAUCGUAUCGCGACUCACGCGAGUAAGAGUAAUGCUCAGGAUGCGAGGCGUGUACUUGUUAUUUUAGUAUGUCUGAAAACUUUGCUGUGAGAUCAUGUGAUACAAGGAGUGAAUUAAUCAGCAAGUCUGAACGAGAGCGAGUGUGACGAAGAGAGAACGAGAGACUGAGUUAAACAAAGAAACAAAUAUACAAGAAGAUUCGACAAGCUGGUAACCCCUGAUCCGAUCGUUUUGCGCGUGAAUCCAAUGAUCCGUUGUACGACGAUGUGUAUGUUCAUUUCCCACCCUGAACCCCCCAACCCCACCCCCACCCCCCACCCCCGUAUGCGAAUGUCUGUUGCUAUUGAUUCAUUAAAAAUUAAUAUUUUGCUGGCAACAAGUGAUUUAGUUGUAUUGUCUAGCCUAAACCGGGAGAAAAAGACGACCGCACUCCAUCUCCGCUUCUGACAUACGUAGUAAAUUAGAGAGACAAAUAGAACAAGUUUUUAUGCGAUCAUAGUACAAUCAUUCACCGUUCGAUUUUUACUUGUCAAAUAUGUAAAACGAUUAAAAAGAGAAGGGGGUACAUUUUCCACUGCCAUCGAAUCUAUUCUUCUCUUACUACUUACUACCGUUUAUUUCUAAACGAGAUUUUUCGACCUUUUCUUUUUUUCUUUUCCUUUCAAAUGCGAGACAUAUCUUUGCAAUGUUUUUCUUUAUCGUUUAUGUAAUUCGCGAACAAUAACUACCACUACCACAACAAUAAAUAUCGUCUUCCUGGAUUCGUGGCUCCUAACGAAAGUGGAGAGUACUCGUUCGAUGUGUGGUAUUAUGAUCGCAUAAAUGUGCGUAGAGGGUAAUUGACAUAGCCCAGUGUCCUUACCUCAAGAAUGUGUAAUCCUUUAGACGAAAUAAAAUCGAGUCUACGUUGAAAAUGGCGAUUCGAUUAAGCAUCGAAAUAUCUCGAUCGAUUCUUUCAACGAAAUUGGAAUCUUGAUUCUAGAUGGUGCCUUUAUCCAACUGGGAUAUUUCAAAUACCGAACGAGUUUCGCGAGUCAGAUCGGAACUCUAACGUCGUGUAUCAUCCUCUUUUCCCUCGUUAGAAGUUAUUUCUUCCUUGGAAAACUCGUCGAAUCUUUCCCUUCCCCCUCCCUUUUUUUCUCUUCGGCAAAUGUAUUUUCGCGCGAUUAGAGAAGAUUCGAGCGCAGGGUAGGUCGCUCAAAAAAUACAAAAAAUAAAAAGAAAAAAAAGAAAAAAAGAGAAAGAAAAGAAAACAAAUUAAAUGCCAAAAGAGAAAAGAAAAAGGGCCAAAUUAACGCGCGAUUAAAUCAACGUUUGAUACGCGACUGUGGUUGUGCCAUGCAUUCCAAAUACUAUUGCCGGUGGAAAACCUUUCCUCUUUUUUUUCUUAUAUUCUACUUGUUUCGCUCUUGUGAUUUUUUUAAAGUCUGCUUCGUACGCUGCGUAGUAGUAUACGUUAGACAUAUCACGCUUUAAUUUUUUCAAGAAAAGCAAGAGAUAAUCUAAAAAAAAGAAAAUAAAAGAAAAAAUAUUCUUAGAUUCUUCGGUGACGAUCAGAAUCGUAAAACGAACGAAAGAGAAAAUUUGUUCGUAUUUGAAUUUUCCAAAAAUUGCGUUAAUAUAAUACGUCUGAUCACGAACCUUUGAAUCGAAUCGAUUGGAAUAUCGAAAUCGAUCGACGCCGAAGCGCAAGUAUUGUUUUUUCUUGAACAUUCCACGUAUCAGUGAGGUAGAGUGAGAAUGAGAGAGAGAGAGAGAGAGAGAGAGACAGAGAGAAAAUGUGUUUAGGGAAUACGAGAGAAAACGUGACGACGUGAGAGAAUUGAAUGGAAGAGAGACUCUUGGAAAGGAAAGUAAGUGAGAAAGUGAGUAAGAAGUGAAGUGUAUGAAAAAUAGAGAGAGAGAGAGAGAGAGAGAGAGAGAGAGAGAGAGAGAGAGAGGAAGGUACGAUGGUGAGGGCAGAUAGACGUCGUGGGUCUUUUCGCGUUUUUAGCAGAAAACUCGAUCGCUUGCACAUUCUUCCGAUUCGUUAUCAAAAGUCGUGCUUUCAUGUCCAGACGAUAUAUCAAAGAAAAAGAAAAGAAGAAAAAAAAAAAGAAAAAAAAGAAAAAAAAGAAAAAAAGUAGAAAAAAAGUAAAAAAAACAAAAAAAAAAGAAGAAAAAGCAAAGAAUCGUCACGGGCCUAGAAUCGAAACGCGGGUUGUUGUUCCGUACCGUGCCGUUAUCGAACGUAAACCACAAAGUGAGAGACGCAUAUGCGCGUAUACAUAUACACAGAGAGAGAGAGAGGGAGAGAGAGAGAGAAACGGCCAAGUGCACGCGUAGCGGUCCCUUUUCGACAUUUACCGCCGAUUAUCGUGUUCUCGUUAUCGACUCGCCGGUGGACGCGCUCUUUCUUCACAUGCACGCGUCAAAAAUAGUUCUGCUCAGACCCGAAAGAAGAAAAUUCAUAUACACUAUAUUUUUUAUAUAUCUAAAGUCAAAUAUUUUUUUCAUAUAUCAUAGGAGAUAUAUAAUAAUAUACAUAUAUUUUUUAUAAUUAACAUCCGUAAUAAUGCGCGUACCUUUCGAUUUGUUGCAAUCGCAAAGAGUCAAAUUUGAAACGUUACAUGCCCGUAUAUUUCCAUUGUUUGAAGGACUAAAGCGAAACGUUAAAAAAGAAAGAAGAGAAAUAUAUAGAAAAUGAUGUUAUCGCGUUUGCGAACCGAAAGACGCGCGUCCACCAGAGUUCGAAGCUGUUUCCAUGUCCUCGAGGCGAUCUACCUUUUCCGUGUUGCGUCGAAACGCGAGAGAUAGAGGGAGAAAGAGAGGGAGGGAGAGAGAGAGAGAGAGAGAGAGAGAGGAUGAAAAUGUAAAAUGUAAAAAAAAAGAACGAACGUGGAAAAAAGGAUAUCGAAAAUACAAAUACAUACAUCUAUCGUCGUAAACGGUCGGAAGAUGGCCGAGAAUCUUAAGGGUCGGCUGUGCGUCGUAAGAUCGAGUUGCAAAAAAAAAGAAAGAUGGAUGGGGGAACGUAAAAAAGUAAAUAAAAAUACAAAUCUAAACCGCGACUGUGAUUCUUUUGGAGUGACUCUCUUAUGCGAGGGUCCGAUGUUUUGAUCCUGAAGGGGAGCACGGUUCCGAGAAGAAAUUUUGUUCCUCUCCUUUUUUGUUUCGUUGGACUUCUUUUUUAACGAACGUUGUUACCGAUUAUACUCUUUUUUGCCUUUCGAAAGAUCGAGGGAUACGAAGAGGCGUGUGCGACGAUGACGAUGACAAAGAGAAGAAAAAGAAGGUGAAAAAGAAAGGCUAAAGGAAUCGUGCUCUCGCAUAAACUUGUACGCUAAAAAUGUCUUGUCGACUAUUAGUUGUUAGCCUUUCAUCGUCGAGACUCUUAGAGUGCGUGCGAUGCUUUCAUAGGGUACGUAAGUGAGAGCGUGUAAAUAUAUAGAAGAAAGCGUGUGCAUUACGCUGUAUCAGUGAUGAUGUGCGCUAAUGAAGUAAACGAUUGACGAGGGUGUUACAGAGAGAAAGAGAGAGAGAGAGAGAGAGAGAGAGAGAACGAAAGAUAGAGAGAAAGAGAGAGAGAGAGAGAGAGAGAGAGAGAAAGAGCGCGAAAGAUAGAGUAAGAGAGAGAGAGAGAGAGAGAAAGUGGGUACGUUUAUGCGUCGAGUUGUGUUGCGUAUCGUGAGCAAUGAACGAACGAGAGAUGAGCGAGAGAGAAAAAAAAUAAAAAAAAGGAGAUAGUUGGCUCGUGAUUCGCCGUGAACCGCGACGUCGAAGGUCGUCGUGACGUGUAAACAAAAAUACGAAAAUUCCUAUGGGGGAAGAGAGGAGUUAAAUAAAGAUUAAAUGAAAUAUACAUUUUCUAUCGUUGCGAGAUAAAUACGGGGAACUGUACACGAAAUAGCGAUUUUUUAAUUGUCAUCUUUCUUUCAUCUUAUUAUUAACGUUUUAUAUAGAAAAGAACCGAGAACGCGUUGAUAUUAAUUACAUUAAAUUAUAUUUUACAUAUUUAAAGAGUGAUAUUAAACAAUUAUUUUAAGAAGAAUCUUGAGACGCCAUAAUUACCGUUCUUCACCAUUCGCCACGAUAUCAUUUUACGUACGAAACACGAGUCCAAUAUAUCCAGAAAGAUAAAAAAAAAAAGAAAAAAAAAAAAAAAGAAAAAUUAUCGACAUCGUACGGAAAUGGUUCGCUCUAACCUUCACCUUGAUAUUUUUUCGUCCAUAAUUUGUUCUCUACCAUUUCCGUAUCGAUCGUCGGAGGAUGGAAAAAUGAAAAUCGCGAAGAUGCAAAAAAAAAAAAAUUCCAAAAAUAAAUGAGAGGAGAAAUGAGUGAAUGGGUGUUUUAUGCGGUGCAACAGAGAAUGAAGAAUGAUGUUGAUAGUGAUGAUGCCGAUCGAUGAUCGGAUUAAGAUUAUAAUUGCGAAUGUGAAAAUUCAUGAGCGAUGAUGAUAAACGUGGGCUGAAGUAUAAUAAAUGAAAUCGAUGAAUGAA